CCUGGCGAUUUGUUAACUAUUAAAGUUCCGGAAUUUAGAAGCCCGUAAUUAAACACUUCCUCCGCAAUUCACUAAUCACUUUUUCGGAAACACAACACUAGAAAUCGCGAAUUUCCUUCCCAAAAUUGAAUUUCCAUCCCAAAUUCCUGUUAAUCCAAGGUUUACUUCUAAAUCCUAGACUCUGACGUACAAGACCGGCGAAUUCCGAGCUAGGUACAGGUAAUUACUGCUGAAAUUCUUUCGAAUUUGUUUAAAUUUCUGUAAUUUCCAUUUCGGUUCGAUUUUCCUUCGAAAUUAUGGUUAAAGACCGGGAUUUGGGCAAAAGGCCCGUCGCUGCUGAAGGAGAAGAAGCUGAGAGGCCACAAGUUCUUCCUCCAGGUCAUCGGCGUAAACAGCCGCUUGGCCAGAUGCCACCUCUUAGCCACACCGCUACGGUUCCCAGUACAGAGGUAAGGGAACCUACAAGAGAUUCUCCAAUAUCGGCUGUACCAUUGGGGUCAGCUAGACCAUUCGCCUCUAUGACGUUCAGGGAGUGGGAAGAGCCUACUUCGUCUGCAAGUGGUGAUGUGCAUGGGCCUCGGUGUCUGCCAGAAGGUACCGAAGAGUGGUAUAACCCUACUGAAAAUUCGAGACUUGCGACUACUGCUCCGUACAAAUGGUGGAUUGCAGAGAAUGCCCGCCAUCGCUUUGCCGAGCAAAUCGAAAUUUUUACGCGAUUUAUGAACAGGAUGGGUACUGGUGCCGAAUGCUAGUUUUAGAAGAUAGAAUCCACAGACCGCCGCCUGGGUAUGUUGGAGUUUACAUCAGGAAAAUACAGUCAGGGCUGAGAUUUCCUCUUCAUCCCUUCGUGACGGAAGUGUUGAAUGGAUACAACAUUGCGUCGUCCCAGCUAACCCCGGUCAGCAUCCGGCGGGUAAUGACAAUUUUAUGGGUUGCCCUCUUUUAUGGGUUUAACACUAGCAUACACGUAUUUCGACAAUUACAUAAUUUGGUGCCGAACAAACAGUCUUCCGAACCUCAUGGCCCUGGAUGGUGGCGCAUUGAAGCAAAACGAACUAUUUUGACCUCUUGGCCGAAUGACACCUCGGAUAAAGAUUGGAGGGGUCAAUGGAUUUGGGUGAGGGAUCCGUCUGAAGAAGAGCAUGUUAACUAUUUUGGAGGGUCGAGACAUUUGAGGAUGCCUGAUCCAAAAAUGUCUGAUAUCGAUCUUGAUGAAUUUUCGGCCGAAGAUAAUGAGCUGCUGAAACUCUUUGCAAAAGUGGCUACGGGAAGACGGGCGCGAGAAAAAAUACAGUCCGGCCACUUGGCUCCCUUGCUAUCACUAAAUCUUCCAAGAGAAGAUAUUAGCUGUCGUCGGCCUCAGCCGAAAGUACUAAGAUGUGCUGCAUGAGACGAGCUGCAGAAGAGAAAUCCUCAAAUCACUCCUCCUUCCGAUAGAGCCCCUGCGCUACGCGUGUCUCAGCUAGACAUAGUCAUUUCAACUGAAUACUCCAAGCAAAAGCCUUGGUACUUGAAACGUGACCCAUUUUUUCUUUUGGGUCCUGAAGAGCAAAUUCUAGCCACUGCUGCUGCUGUUGAAGCUGGUAUUUCUGAGUCUAACUCUGAGGCCAAGGACGAUGCCAGUUCUAAAGAGGACGACUUGGUGAAAACUUCGAGUGAAGAAGAAAAAGUAGAUGCAUGACAAAAAGAGUCUUCAUCGGAUAUCUCUUCUUCAGAUAACAAAGUCGAAGAGAUGGCCAAGAAAAGAAAUCCCAGGGCCGAUGUCAACCCAGGCCAAAUUCCCUUACAAGAUACUUCUCCAUCGCCGAAAAGGUCUCGGCGAGACGAUGGUCCAGGUGAAGUGUCCAAGGAGAAAACUCUAGAUCUUUCUUUUACUCGGAACCCAGAUGAAGAGGUCCAGCAGAAACCUCCUUCUCUGAUGCCUCGAGACGAUGGUCCAGGGAAAGUGUCCAAGGAGAAAAUUCCAGAACCUUCUUCUACUUGGAAUCCAGAUGAACAGGUCCGCCAGAAACCUCCUUCUCCGAUGCCUCAUCUAUCUCAAUAUUCGGCAACCCCUUUUGACGAAGAAAUUCAAAGGCAGGUUGAUGCCUUCAUCACAAACAUUGGGAACAACAAUGUGUUGCUUCUAGAAGUGAGGCCAGAAAAUUUUAAAGACGCCGAUGAGCGUGUCGACAAGCCUCGAAAGGUAGAUAUGCCAACUUCUUCUGCUGCAAACUCAUUUAAGACUUUUCGGUCUGAUGAGAUGGGGUUUGAGUCUGCCCCACUUGUGAUUGUCCACGAUGCCGUGAGGGACAAUUUGAUGGAAAGCCGGAAUUCGGCUGUUGAGUUUUUUGGGGAUUUGUCUGGACUCUCCGAGCUGGAAAAAGCCAGAAUCUGGUCAACUCGAGCUACUGCUGGAGCGUUCGAAGCAUUCCUAAAAGUGUCAGACCCCGUUGCUGAGAAUUUUAAACUACUGAUGCAGGCCGUUCAGAACCAUGUGAUUACUGCUGGUUUGAACGAAGAGCUGAAGAAAAAAGCCGAAACAACAAAGCAUCGAGUCCAUUUGGCUGAGCUUGAGAAAAAACGUGCUGAAGAUGCGGAUGAGCAGGGUGAGGAGUUAAUUCGCUCUUAUGGAGCUGAGGACAUUCCUACCUUAAAGGUUUGAAUUUAGUAGAAGUUGUAGCAAGAAGUGGUUGCCAAGAGCAACUGGCCAAGGAUCUGAAUGAAAAAAAUUCCCUCAUCAGGAAAGAAGCUGAGCAGAAACAGUCUAAACUUGAGGCUGAGAUCAAUCGUCUGAAGGACUUAGUCUCAGCUAAAGAACUAAAUUUGACGGAAGCUCAAAGCCAACUUUCCCUCAUCACGGAAAAAAAUGAGCUGAAGUAGUCUGAACUUGAGGCUGAGAUCAAACGUCUGAAGAACUCAGUCUCGGCUAAAGACCUGAAUUUAUCAGAGAUUCGAAGCCAACUUCAAAUUGAGAGGGAUGCUGCUGCUGAGACCAGGGCUGACUUGGAAAGUGCGAGGGAGCUGCUGAAGACCCGGAUUUACACCUAGGAACAAUACAACGAGGGUUAUGAAAACGGGUUUAAAGUUGCUCGCCGCCUUGCGAUUCAUGAUGAACCAAAUAUCAACUGGGAUUUGGCUGAGGAAUGGUCUUUGGACCUCAACCACCCAAACAUGCAGCGUCCUCAUCCUAAUGAGCUUGCUUUACUUGCUCGGCUAGUCGCAAAGGAAACUUUGGCAUCAGAUGAUGAUGAUGAAGAAGAGAAAGCCGAGACUCAGGUUCCGGAUGUUGCCAAGACUGCUAUAUCUUCUGUUGUUGACACAGAAAAGGUCCCUGAUGCUCAUGUGGCGAACACUGAUGCAUAGGAAAUCCGGCAGUCGUCUGCAGAAUCUUACGGCUCUACAUGUGCUUGAAUGCUGACAUGUCGUUUCUGUUCUUUUGCCUUUUUUCAGCUUGCCAUCUGUACAAAAUACUCUUUAUUAGUUUUUGUCUAGGUUUGUACUAAGUUCGGCAGCUGUGUAUCCGCGUGUGGGCGGCUUCCGGUUUAGAGUUCUCUUUAUUGUUUUAUUCUCCAAGCUAUGACUUCUUUUGACUGGAAUUAUCUCAAGUAUACAAUUCCGGUUUGGGAGUUUUUUAAAAUGAAUGUCGAUUGUUUUUUCGUAGCUUCCCUCUA